UCUCGUUCUGCAAGUUUGUAAGUUGUGGUCGGACGUCUGCUUUUGUGACAGCAUCUUCGCAAUUCAACAUGCGUUGCCUAUUCCUCCUCUAUGUAUUCGUUCUAACCAAUAAUGCACGGCCAGUUGAAGAACUGAUCAGCCAAGAAAAUGAGUCCAUAUCAGAGCUCCAUCAACAAUUCAAACUGGUCACGUACGUUGAAAACUUCAAACGAAUCUUGUCAGAAUACGUCAAAGAAGUAUACAAUAAUCUGACGAUAAACGAAAUGAAAAAAGUCAAUACAAUAUUGGAGGAUUUCUUUAAAAACUUUACAAACGACUUAAGAGAUAUAUUAAAUGGAAAUAAAGUUGACAUCGAUUUGAAUGAGAAAAUCGAAGACGGUUUACCGAAUGAUCAUUUUGAGGUUAUAAAAGAUAAAGUUCAGGAGGAAUUUAAAAAUAUAAACAAUGAAACGACAGACAAAAUUGUAUAUUUAUUAAGAAAAGAUUUAUUUAUGACUAGAAGAUUAUUAGAUAAUUUGAUAGAAGAAUCAAAAAAUGCACUUGAAAUUAAUUCACAUUAAAAAAACAAAGGUUAAAAAAAACUCACGUAAGUAAGAAACAUGAUUUGUGUGCGAAUGUUUAGAUGUACGUUUAAAGGUAUCUCCAGAACGGCUGCAUAGA